AUGCGGGGGCACAAGAGGGUGGUGGAUCCUAGGGACGUGCAACUGGCGUGUCGCAUGCUGCUCUCCUCUGUGGACCUCCGGGAUGCAUUCAUUCAGCGCGUGCUCUGGCGCCUGCAGUACGCACACAUUCAGGGUCUAGCAAGUGGCAAGGUGGAGGUGCCGCACUGCUACUACCUCAUGGGGGUGGCUGAUCCCUCCAACACGCUCGCACCCAACGAGAUUGUUGUGCUCCUCCAUGACGGCCCAGUGUCAGGCCCAUGCCUGGUGUACCGCCAAGUGUCAGGCCCAUGUCUGGUGUACCGCCCGCCAUCUCUCCUCGUGAGCAACAUCCGCCGCCUCUCCGCCGUGCACUCGCCCGCCGUGCUCUCCCUGCUGCCGCGCUCCUCGCGCUUCUGUGUCAUCUUCUCCACGCGCGGCCAGCGCUCUGUGACUGACUGCAUGGGCGGGGGGGACCUGGACGGAGACAGGUUCCUCGUUAUCAUGCAUCCCCAGAUCGUCAGCGCCUUUCGCGAGCGUCCCCUGCCGCCUGCGUGCCCCUCCGUCUCGGAGCCCCUCCCCCCACUCCCAUGCGACCCUGCUGUGCGGGAGAGAGCGCUCAUCCGCUGCUGGCUGGACGGGGAGCUCUACAACCGAGAGCGCUCAUCCGCUGCUGGCUGGACGGGGAGCUCUACAACCGAGAGCGCUCAUCCGCUGCUGGCUGGACGGGGAGCUCUACAACCGGUGAGGAAGACUGGUGGGGAUGCUAUGAAUGGUGGGUGGGAUGUCUGCAGUCGAUGGGGGGAACCUCGUCGUGCAUUCUUUGUGAAUGCCCCUCCCCCCACUCCCAUGCGACCCUGCUGUGCGGGAGAGAGCGCUCAUCCGCUGCUGGCUGGACGGGGAGCUCUACAACCGGUGAGGAAGACUGGUGGGGAUGCUAUGAAUGGUGGGUGGGAUGUCUGCAGUCGAUGGGGGGAACCUCGUCGUGCAUUCUUUGUGAAUGCCCCUCCCCCCACUCCCAUACGACCCUGCUGUGCGGGAGAGAGCGCUCAUCCGCUGCUGGCUGGACGGGGAGCUCUACAACCGGUGAGGAAGACUGGUGGGGAUGCUAUGAAUGGUGGGUGGGAUGUCUGCAGUCGAUGGGGGGAACCUCGUCGUGCAUUCUUUGUGAAUGCCCCUCCCCCCACUCCCAUGCGACCCUGCUGUGCGGGAGAGAGCGCUCAUCCGCUGCUGGCUGGACGGGGAGCUCUACAACCGGUUCCACAUGGGCACGGCAGGCUACCUGCAUCUAGCGCACACCGGCCUGCUCUCCCUCACAUGAUAUUCUCUUCCCCCUUCCCUCACAUGAUAUUCUCUUCCCCCUUCCCUCACAUGAUAUUCUCUUCCCCCUUCCCUCACAUGAUAUUCUCUUCCCCCUUCCCUCACAUGAUAUUCUCUUCCCCCUUCCCUCACAUGAUAUUCUCUUCCCCCUUCCCUCACAUGAUAUUCUCUUCCCCCUUCCCUCACAUGAUAUUCUCUUCCCCCUUCCCUCACAUGAUAUUCUCUUCCCCCUUCCCUCACAUGAUAUUCUCUUCCCCCUUCCCUCACAUGAUAUUCUCUUCCCCCUUCCCUCACAUGAUAUUCUCUUCCCCCUUCCCUCACAUGAUAUUCUCUUCCCCCUUCCCUCACAUGAUAUUCUCUUCCCCCUUCCCUCACAUGAUAUUCUCUUCCCCCUUCCCUCACAUGAUAUUCUCUUCCCCCUUCCCUCACAUGAUAUUCUCUUCCCCCUUCCCUCACAUGAUAUUCUCUUCCCCCUUCCCUCACAUGAUAUUCUCUUCCCCCUUCCCUCACAUGAUAUUCUCUUCCCCCUUCCCUCACAUGAUAUUCUCUUCCCCCUUCCCUCACAUGGAUCACUCUCUCUUCCACAUGGGCACAGCAGGCAACCUGCAUGUAGCGCACAUGGACCGCUCGCCUCUGGGUCCGGACUCCCCCGAGUGCCUGCAGCUCGCAGCACUCUACGAGCUGGCCCUUGACUCCGCCAAAACCGGCCACGUGGUGGAGGGGCUGGGGCGGUACAAGGUGGAGAGCUACCCGCACUUCAUGCGCUCGUCCACGCGCACAUGCUACCACUCCACGUCGCUCAUGGGGCAGAUGUUUGACGCCGUGCAGGAGGAGCGGCGCAAACACGUGGUCGACUCAGGCGCCAUGACCCCAGAUGCAGGCAUAGCCCUGCUCGCCAGCAAGGACCCCAACGGUGCUGCCAGUCGGGCCAAGUGGGAGGGGCUGCUGGGGCAGUACGAGGUGCAGGUGGGCGAUGUGGUGCGGCAGAGAACCACGCUUCUGGGAGGGGCUCGGAGAGCCAGGCUCGCGGCGAUCGAAAACAAGUUUCGGCAGGAGCUUGAGCAAGGAUGGACAAGCUCCUUUGAGCAGCCGUUCCGGCCACAGCACAUGCUGUAUGAAGCCGCAUCGCUGUACAUGGUGGGGUAUGAGACAGCUCGGAGAGAGUUGGCAUUACAGGCAGAGAGAAGAGCUGAAGCGCUGGCAGGCUGUGGGGCUGGUGGAGAAGCGGGUGGGGAUGUUGAGAUGAGGUCAAGUGGGAUGACCGGGGAUGGUGAUGUAGCGGGUGAGGAUGAGUGGGGUGGUGCGGGAGGGGAUGAGGAAGAGGAGGGUGUUGGAGAUAAUGAGGGAGAUGAUGAUGAGGUGAUGGAGUAUGAUGAGGGGGAGGACAUGGAGGAUGAGGACCUGGCUGAUUGCACCAAUAGAGCCACUCUUGCAUGUCGGUUUGUAUGGCAUGUUGGCGAAGAAGCUCUGUGUGAGGCCAAGUCGCGGCUGUGUCUAAGGACUGGAAAUGGAGUUGGUGGUGGCUGGGGAGUGGAGAAUGGAGGGUUCGAAGGAGCUCUUAUGACCAUGGAGAAGCAAGCAUUUGCUGAUAUAAUGGGUCUCGCCAUUCUCCGUGCCGCUGCUCCCUCCUCUCUAGCUCCAUGCCAAGCGUCAAAGGAGGGGAAGUGGGGAGUUCAGCUGCCAUGGGAAAAGAAGAACGACGAGGAGGAGGAAGAAGAAGAGGUUCAAGGGAAGUCAAUUCUGGGAGUUAAACUUCCCUGGAAGCGCGAGGCUGUGGUAGAAGAGGAGGAAGAAGAGCCGCAGUCCAAGACGAUCCUCGGCCAACUGGGAACAAUGCGCUGGUCGCUUAACCCUAAGGAUGACAAGCAGCAGCAGGAGGAGGAGGUAGAGGAGAAGGGUAAAAACUCGUUCUUUGAUCAGAUCGGAACGAUGCGCUUGACGCUGCAGGGGGGGGCGGCGGAGGUUGAGGAGGAGGAGGUGGUGGAGGAAGAGGAGGAGGAAGACGAGAGUUCGUCGUUCUGGCGACAGUGGUACGUCAGCAUCACGGGGUUCCCGUUCCCGCUGCGUCCCUUCCUCAGCCGCAAGACGUAUCGCUAUGAGGUGGAUCGCAACAGCAUCUGGUGCUUCGAGCAGGAGCAAGGGCUGGGCUUCAGCAACGUCACCACUAACGUCAGAAUGACGGUUAUCAAGCUCAAGUCCGGGGGCCUCUUCGUCCACGCGCCCAUUGCCCCCACUGCGGAGUGCCUCAAGCUCCUCAAGGAUCUGAACCUCCCUGUGGAACACAUCGUGCUGCCCACCUUUGCGUACGAGCACAAGGUGUUCGCAGGCCCGUUUGCGCGCGCGUUCCCCAAGGCGCGCACGUGGGUGGCGCCUCGCCAGUGGAGCUGGCCCAUCAACCUCCCCCUGCCGUUCCUCGGGCUCUUUGGAGGGACGGUUUUGGCGGAGGACGGACCCAAGCCGGACGAGUGGCCCGAGGAGAUCGAUUAUAAGAUCUUUGCGUCCCCUGAAGUUGGCAUCGGCCCAUACGUGGAGAUUGCAUUCUUCCACCGCCCCUCGCGCACGCUGCUGCUCACAGACGCAGUGAUCGUGGUGCCCAGGGAGCCCCCGCAGGUGGUGCGCCCUGAUGCGCUGCUGGACGCUGCUCGUAACGGCCUUGCCGUGCGCGUGCUCUCCGCGGGACGAGAUGUGCCCGACGUGGAGGUGGAGGAUACGGAGGAGUUCAGAACUCUCGGGUGGCAGCGCAUGGUGCUGCAGAUUCUCUUCUUUGGCCCGGGCAACCUGCUGGAGCCCGAGGAGUCCUUUGAGCGCAUCUGUGGCAAGCUUGUAGUCUCUCCCGUCGUCAAGACUCUCGUCUUUGACAAAGUCCCUGCGCAGGCUCUAGCAUGGAUCAACAGCAUCACAUCUGAUUGGGCCUUCACCCGCAUCAUCCCAUGCCAUUUCUCCUCGCCAAUUGCCGCCACCCCGGCCGACCUACGAAAGACCUUUGCCUUCCUCCAAGACCUCCUCCCUCCCGGCUCCUCGCCAUUCCCUGUCAUCCCGUCACUACCGGCGAUGGCAUUCCCAAGCUUCGGGAGCUUGUUUGGAAGGGGGAAGGAGGCUGAGAAGAGAGUGGAGGUGGUUACGGAGUAUGCGGAGGAUGAUUUAGCGACGCUCUCCUCGCUUGAUUCCACUCUGGUGUCACUCGGAGUGGUGAAGAGGACUGGUGAUCCUUAG